AUGGUUUCGAUCUUGGGAAAAAGGGCAAGAGCUCAGGACUUGAAUCACGGUGAGACGGUGCAAUGCGUCCAGACUGCCACUCUUCCACCUAAUGUCUUCCCAGAUACUCCCUCUUCGGUCACUGCACGCGUCAAGCGGAGAGCGUGUGUGCAAGAAUUCAACGACGAGAAUGUCAAUCCUAUCGAUGUGUACAAUCACUCGCGCUCAGCAGUGAAAUCCUCGAGAACCUUUGAGAAAAUUUUGUGCGUAGAAGAAGACACCGAGAAUCAUGCACAGUUGCCCACACCGAAGACCCCGCGACACCGUGAUGCGCUCUCAAAGAGGGUACCUAUUACACCUCGCCAUAGGGUAGGCAUCAAUGGAAAGCUAUCAACGCCGCGCACACCACGAACACCUCAGACACCCCGGACACCGCUCAAUGCGCUCACGGUCUACCACUCUGCCAGAGAGCUUUUUACCAAAGGCGCAGAUCCAGGGAGCCUCAUUGGUCGAGAAAGAGAGAAGGAAGAAUUGCAAAGCUUCUUGGAAUCAAAGAAAACUUCUAGCAGUAAUCGUAGCAUCUACCUGAGCGGUCCGCCAGGUACAGGAAAGAGUGCCCUUGUUGGCGAGAUAUGUCAAAGUCUCCAAAUCACAGAUAGCAUCAAAGUCGCUUACAUCAACUGCAUGAGCAUCAAGUCGGCCAACGACAUGUACAGUAAACUAGCCGACGAGUUUCUCGAUGGUGAUGUAUUCGGACCUAAUAACGUGACUGCAGAGCUGCAAUCCGUCUUCUUAUCGAAAGGCGGUUCAUGCUCUUCUAUUUCGUUAUGCCUUUGCCUGGACGAAAUGGAUCACCUCUUGACCAUGGACCUUGAGAUCGUCUACACCCUUUUUGAGUGGUCGCUCCACAAGUCUUCACGACUCAUCAUCAUUGGAAUCGCCAACGCCCUCGACUUGACAGAUCGCUUUCUUCCGAGGUUAAAGGCUCGAAAUCUCAAACCACAACUGCUACCCUUUCUCCCUUACACUGCCUCUCAGAUAGAAUCGAUUAUCACCUCAAAACUCCGCUCACUGCUCGGAGGAUCCGAGGAUAAGUCAGAUUUCAUCCCGUUCGUUCAUCCACAGGCUGUCCAGCUUUGUUCGAAGAAGGUCGCUUCUCAGAACGGCGAUCUUCGCAAAGCUUUCGACAUUAUUCGGCGGACCAUCGAUCUUAUAGAGAACGAGACGAGAGCAAAGCCUCAAGUUGACCGGACACCAUGCUCGCCACAUUCUCCUUCAAAAUCACCACUGAGCGAAAACCCAAACCUCGCAUCUACCUCGCCCUCGAAGACGAGAGCAAAUUCUGCGUUACCUUCAACUCUCACGCCUUUGACCGCACCUCGAGCCACUAUCGCUCAUGUGUCUCGGGUCGCCGCAGCUACACUCGGUAAUGGCACCUCUCAACGACUGCAAACCUUAAAUCUCCAGCAGAAAGCUGCUCUUUGCGCCUUGAUCUCUCACCAGAAGUUGUCUCGUAACAAGUAUUCCUCAAUCUUCUCAACGCCUACCCAAUUGGCCAGUGCUGGGCCUACGCCAAGGAAAUUGCACGAAACGUAUUCAGGUCUUUGCAAGCGGGAUAACGCUCUGCAUCCGCUUACUUUAGCUGAAUUCACAGAUGUCAUCUCAGGACUGGAGACUCUAGGCUUAGUAGGAGAGGACAUCAGAAGAGCCUCCACGAAGGGAUUGACCCCUCAAAAGAUAACACGGCAUGACGAGCGACGUCUUACGAGUUUCGUUGACGAGAAGGAGGUGCAAUGUUGCUUGGAGGGCGUGCAGGGCAGCAUCCUCAGGGGCCUGGUGCACGGUGACGGCUAA